AUGGACCAACAACAAGCGGCACAGGUCCUCCAGUCGCUCCAGGAACUACAGACCGAGGUCAAUCGACUAAGAGGCCGAGAAGCUGAACUGACAGCACAGGUCGCUUCUUUUGGUGCCGGUUCGGCUGCUUCAGCUGGACCUGGCAGUGCACUGGCACAGUUGGUGCAGUCACAAAAGGAGCUUGUGGACGCCCUUAGAUCGAAAGAACAAGUCCGGUUGGUCGACAACAAGGGCCUUGGCAAGCCCGACAAGUUUGAUGGGACAGCCGAAAGAUUCUUGUCAUGGAAAAUCAAGACGUCCUCCUAUCUUGCAAGUGUUCGCAAAGACCUUCGUGAGAUUCUGGUUUGGGCCGAAGAUUGCGAACAUGCAAUCACUGCAGAUGACAUCGACAAGGCUUUUGGGAGUCAAGCAGAUGCCAUUGACCAGGUGUCGAACAUCAGUGAAUUGAGACGCGAGCUUUGGGACGCGCUGCUAAUGCUGACAGAGCGUGAGCCCUUUGACAUCGUGCUGAACACCGGGGAAUGCGGCAUCGAAAGCUGGAGAAAGCUCACGCGGAGGUACGACCCAUCCACUGGUGGUCGCAAACGCGCUCUCCUCAAUGCAAUCUUGUCACCGGCUCGAUCCAAGAUGGAAGAUUUGCCGUCCAACCUGGAGAAGCUUCUUGACAGCACCAGACUUUAUGAACGUCGCAAAGACGCAUCUGGCAACCGAACGAUGUUGGCAGAAGACAUCAAGAUCAACGUGAUUGAACGAUUGGUGCCGGCAGAGCUCGAGCGUCAUCUCGUUCUCAAUCGAGAUCGCUUCAAGACGUUCGAGUCCAUGCUGUCCGAGAUCCAGUCCUAUGUGGAACAUGCCACCGGCAACAAGAUCAAGGUGGUGAAUAGCCAGCCCUACGACGCACAUGGCCGUGGGGACGAUCCUAAGGAUGUCGGAAGCUUUGGAAAAGAUGCGAAGGGAAAAGGUAAGGGCAAGAAGGGAGCUGGAGGAAAACCUGGAAAGGGAAAUGCAACAGCUGAGAAGAGAACAUGUCACAACUGCGGACGCCCAGGACAUCUGCGGGCAGAUUGCUGGGCACCUGGAGGCCCCAAACAUAAGGGGACGGGUGGCAAAGGCAACAGCAAUCAGAAUAAGGACAAGGGCAAGGGCAAAGGCAGCCCCGGAAAGCACAAGCAGAAGCCCAAAGGAGGCAAAUCUGUGAACAAUGUCGAACAAGGUGAACCAGAAGCAGAAGACUGGGACGCAGCUGAUGGCGACGAUGAUCAACAAGCAGCAAAUGGUUUAACGCUCUAUGGUGUUGAUGGGCCACCACAUGACGAGGAUGACGACGAAAGUUUCCAGGUCGAUCCCGAGUCCGAGGAGUCGGAAGCCUCGACAAGUCGCAGAAGGUGGUUUUCUUUGCCUCACCCACGUGCGUCAUGGCCUGAAGAGUGGGACGACCCCGACUAUGAUGGACCGAGUGGAUCGAGCACCUCGAACGCCACAGGGAAGACCCAAGAGGGGCAGAAGUCCAAAGAGCUCAGCACCAAAGAGAGGCAAAGCAAACAGAUCAGGGCCAGUCACUCCGGAGUCAGCACUCCGACGCUUUCGAAUGACUUCGAUGACACCACCACCAAGGAGAAGGUUGAGGUGAAGCCACCACCACCUGUCAAGGCAUCAUCGGCAGCUUCGACUUCAGGUUCUCGACUUGUCCAGAUGCUGAAGGCUGCGCUGAGUUCACAAAUCCGCAAAGUCCAAGAAGAAGAUCCUGGUUCAGGAGAUGGCCAGGCAGAUGCGAUGUUAGCGGCUUUGAGGACUAGAUCUGUCAAGGCACCGCACAUCACAAAGCAGAACAUCAGCGAUCCUUCUUUCCACGACUCGAGAUACCAUGCCGAGAUUGCCAAAGGUGUUGCACACAAUGUGGCCUGGAGAAAUGAACGUUUGAGAAGACGUGCAAUCGUCCACCGACGAGGAGGAGAAAAGGCACGUGCGGCUGAAAGGAUUCGACUUGACAAAGAAUGGCAUGAACGCUUUGACAACCCAGAAAAUCCAGAAGGCAUAGUGAGAAUCGAGGAUGAAGACAACUUGGAUGCGGGCAUCGAGACGGUGGUUGUGGGCAAAGCUGGUCAGAGCACAGUGAUAGACUUUUCAAUGGAAGAGCGGAAAACUUUGAGGCAGUUCCCGGACGACGAGGCCAAGUUGCUGCGGAAGGAUCCCAAGAAGAAACCCAUGACCAAGCGUGUUCGAAGCGUUGGGUACAGGGUGAAGAAGAAUCGCCACCGCAAUGUGGCGCGCAAGAUGGCGAGGAAGAACCGACCAGCCUUGGUUCUGAAGGAAAACACUGAAGUGAACGCAGAUGAAGAUGAUGAUGAAAUGGAAGAGGUCUACAUCGAAGAGCCUGAUGAGCCUCGAGACCGACCAGGCAGAGGAGACCCCGAUGGUGGAGCUGGAUCGGCUCCUGCUGCAGUCUACAGCUUGGGGGCCUCUGACGACUGGCGAAAAUGGGAACGAGCAGAGUUGAACAUCGACACCGGUGCUGCCAUCACUGCAGUACCACUUGACUUCGCCAAGGACUACCCGAGGAGCGAGUCCAAUGGAGCAAGCUACAAGGCAGCCAAUGCGGAACCCAUCGAAGAUCAGGGAAGUGUGAAGCUGGUGGGAUACGACGAAUCUGGCAACAAGAUCCCAAUCGAUUGCCGAGUUGCAGAUGUGCAUCGGCCACUUCUUUCAGGUUCCGAGAUCGCCAAGAACUACCACAUCGCCCUUGGACCAUCUUCGGGGAAAUUGAUCCCAAGAAACACUCCUGCGGGACGGGCCUAUUCGAAGGCCAUGAAAGAUCUGAUCCGAGAUUAUGGCGAUUCAAUGCCCAUUGUGCACAAUCGCCGAGGCAUCUAUGUGUUGGACUAUUGGGUGUCACCUUUUCAGGGGCAUCCUCAAGAGGAGUAA